CCCUCGCCCCGCCCGGCCCGGCCCCGCCUGUCCCGGCCGCGCCGCUCGCUCCGCGCCUUCGCCAUGGCCUUCGCCACCCGCCACUUCGUGCGCGCCGCCUCCUCCGACGCCGCCACGGCGGCCGCCAAGAAGCUGCUCAUCAAGCAUGUCACGAUCAUCGGCGGCGGCCUCAUGGGCGCCGGUAUCGCCCAGGUUGCAGCAGCCAGUGGUCACACUGUGGUGUUAGUUGACCAGUCAGAUGAAAUCCUUAAAAAGUCUACAAGAGGAAUUGAAGAGAGUUUGAAGAGAGUGAUAAAGAAGAAGUUUGCAGAUAAGCCUGAGGCUGGUGCUGAGUUCAUUAAGAAGACCUUGAAGAACCUCACAACAAGCACAGAUGCAGCAUCAGUGGUCCACAGCACGGAUUUGGUGAUAGAAGCCAUUGUGGAGAACCUGGAAGUUAAAAAUAACCUCUUCAAGACGCUGGAUAAGUUUGCUCCAGAGCAUACGAUAUUUGCAAGCAACACUUCAUCCUUGCAAAUCACAAAGAUGGCAAAUGCAACCACCAGGCAGGACCGAUUUGGGGGUCUCCAUUUCUUCAAUCCUGUGCCUAUGAUGAAGCUUGUGGAGGUCAUCAAGACUCCAAUGACCAGCCAAAAGACUUUUGAAUCACUUGUGGAUUUCAGUAAAGCAGUAGGAAAGAGUCCUGUCAGUUGCAAGGAUACUCCAGGGUUUAUUGUAAACCGUCUCCUGGUGCCAUAUAUGAUGGAAGCUGUUCGUCUUUUUGAGAGAGGAGAUGCAUCAAAGGAAGAUAUUGAUGUUGCUAUGAAGCUUGGGGCUGGCUAUCCCAUGGGUCCAUUUGAACUGCUGGACUAUGUUGGGUUGGAUACCAGUAAAUACAUUAUAGAUGGAUGGCAUUCAUUAGAGCCCAACAAUCCUCUUUUUGCACCCAGCCCACUCCUGAAUAAACUGGUAGAAGAAAAGAAGUUGGGUAAAAAGACUGGAGAAGGAUUUUACAAAUACAAAUGAACUCCAGACCUGAAGAGGUGUUAAACUAUCUGUAUAUGCAAUUCAGCAUUGCCAUAAUACAGGUGUUUAAACCUUCCCAAGUGUGGCACAAGCUGCAUUUAGAACAUAACUCACUUGUGAACUGAGUGAUUGCACUAGCUAACUAUGGUCAAUGCUUGAUUUCGUAGAUUUUUUUUUUUGUAAUUCCAAAAAGCUUUCUAUGUACAGUGCCUUCGUGAAAUGUUGAUUUUUCUCAGGUGCAGUACGGAAUGACAAGUGAAUUUAUGUAUUUGAGACGUUAUUAUAUUGAUGGGGAAAAUCCUAAAAAUAACCUCACUUUCUUAAAAAUAAAACUUUCAACAAUUUUGUAUUGAGUGUGAGGGCUUGCAGUUGUGUGUUGGAUGGGGCCCACAGGGUGGCAAUCUCUUCCCACACUAGCAAGUGCAGCCUUGGAAAGGCAGUGGGUUGUUUUGUUAGGAUUUUUCUUAAGUGCACUGCUAAUCUGUAGAUGUAAAUUACAGUGCCUUGAACAAUAAUGUUUUGAAAGACAUCUUUAAAAACAAAUAAAAGAAUCCCACAAUGAGAGGCUGCUCCCCAAACAGAAGGUUCCCAAUAAAGCAUUUAAAAGCUCAUGAUUUGCAUUGGGGUUUUCUAGCAUUUUCAAUUAAUGGUUGAGGGCCUACUUUUGCUAGGUGCUGUAGAAACAUAAUGAAAAUUUCUAGGGGAUUUCUGCUUUCAGGGGCAUAAGCUAGGAUGCUGGUGAAAGCUUCUGAAUGUUUUCUAGAGUCCUGUAAAUUGGCUGUAUUUAAAGUGUCAUUUUUACACCCAUACACUACUACCAUAGUUGAGUGCCUUCAGGAUUGCAGUUGGGAGUUUGUGCUGUGUAAACAAAUAAGUGUCUCUGGCUGUGUGAGGCACCUUCUGUUUUGCAACUUCAUUUCCUUGGGGUGUAGCAGGGCUGAAUUUGUCCAUGGUGGGAGUGCAUCAAAUCCUGUCUUUUCUCCAAGUAUUGCAGAGCAAGUGGGCAUGAGGAUUGGUGUUCCAGUUCAACUCAGUAGUAGUGUUCCUUUACUUUCUGUACUUAGUGCUUAUAUACAUAUUUUUAGUUCCAGAAAUUAUGAGUAAUUAUUUAAUGCUGUGCUGCCUGUUCCUCUCUCCUCCAUCAUCUAAUUCAGAUUGCAUAUGUAGAAACUGAGUGCUGACAGAGGAUAGUUUCCUGGACAUGAUCACAUAAGAAAUUUCUGAGUAGAGAAUAAAAUUUUUGGUUUAUUGGA